CGGUUUUCUUAAGAAAUAAAAACUAAGAAUCACCGCAGUAUUUUGGAAUUUCGAAACGUUUGUGUUUUAUUUUUUUUCCUCCGUUCUAUUGCUGUGGUUCAAAGUGACAAGACGCGAUCUUGAAAAAAGAUUGCUAAAGUGGCAAUCCAGCGGAUACUUGUUCGACAACAUUGUUCUUUGACAAUUUAACCACAAAACAAAAAGAACAACAACUCUGCAAGCCCCAAGCCCCCUCUCAAUUGAAGAGUGAAGUAACAAAAAUAACAACAACAAAAAAGUUGAAGCCAGUUUAAAAAAGCAACAACCAAGAGAGCUUUCCAAAUCCCCUGUUAAAUAAUUAAAUUUUAAAGUGCUUUAUUUCUAAGCCAUUGGCGAGCCACCCGUGUCCGAAGGACUGCCGAAAAGGCAGAUCCGAAUUAAAUCAAAACAAAUACACAAACAAACAAAACAACACCAAAAUUGUCAUAACCUCGGAGGUCAUGGUGUUCGGGAACAUUGUUUGCCUGUGACAACAAAGGACAAGAGAAAAAAGUGUCAGCGAAAGGAACGUUUUGGUGUGUCAAACAGUUAAAGCAACAACAACUACUACUACAACAACAACAACUCAAGUGGAAACCCAAUAAACGUGCUUUGAAAUCCAGGCAGCAUCAGCUACAACAACAUACAUUCUGCCCGGGAACAAAACGUUUUCAGAGAACAUUAACGCCAGCAGUUAUCUUCCGAGAACGUGGAAAUCUCUUCCCCUGCUCCCGUCUCUGGUUUUUUUUUCAUUUUGACAAAUAACUACCAAUUAAGUGUCCGUCCACAUAGCUGCAAAAAAAACAGAAUUCAAUUUCUUAUCCCAAGAACGACAUAACAACGCACAACAACAAUAACAACACGAAGAAGAAUCCCAGCGUUGAUGGGGAAUUGAAAAGAAAAGCAAAGAAAGAAAAAACUCCUCCUCUUUUUUGUGUGAAAUUUAAACCUGACGAAAAGCCUUUUUUCCUGCGGAUUAAUAACAAAAGGCUUGGACAAAAGCGUUUUUGUGUUCUUUCGUUUUUUUUUUGUUGUAAUCUAAAAGAUUUUCCCUGUAAAUUGUCCACCCACACACACACAUUGACACAAUGUCUGAGUUCUCAUCACUGGAAAUGGGCUCCGUCGACCGACCGCCCAAUCGCUUUCAAGUGAAUCCUGUCAACCACAAAAACAACAAUGACAAGACAACGGCCGGUGAUGAUGUGCCGCACGAGGUGUAUCGUCGCCUGACCGGAAGCGAUGGUGAACCCAUCGAGGAUGACACAUUCAACGAGGAUGCCUCACAAAUGGUCAAGGCCCAGCCCAAGCAACAGAGGCAAUCUAUCAAGAGUAGUUUUCGUGACAAAGACAAACCGUCGCGUUUCAAGGACCUACAGACGACACGCUUCCAAGUCGAACCACAAAACGAGGACUCAGAUGAUUCCAAUGAAGAUCGUGAACUGUUGGAUAAUGAAUAUGACACAAAAUAUGGCAAAAGUUUUCGACAUUUCACACGCGAAGCUUUGCCACGUCUGGAUAAUUAUCGCAACAUAAUGUCAAUACAGGCGGCAUAUCGACCCACUCUCGAUGAACUGCAUAAUGCCACCCUAACGGGAAAGAAUACCCACAGCUUGAAUCGCAAUGAUGACCUGGAGGCCGGUGCUGCCGCUGGCAAUGGCAUGCUAAAGUUUGGCUGGAUCAAAGGUGUCCUGGUGCGUUGUCUGUUAAACAUCUGGGGUGUUAUGCUGUUCCUGCGUCUCAGUUGGGUGGUGGGCCAAGCUGGCAUCAUGGAGGGCUUUAUAUUGAUUUUAACCACAACCGUUGUGACGAGCAUCACUGCCCUGUCGAUGUCAGCGAUUAGUACCAAUGGUGUCAUCAAAGGAGGUGGAACAUAUUACAUGAUAUCACGUUCGCUGGGUCCGGAAUUUGGUGGCUCGAUUGGUUUGAUAUUCUCGCUGGCGAAUGCUGUGGCCUGUGCCAUGUAUGUGGUGGGUUUCUGUGAGUCCAUGUUGGAUUUGCUGCGUUCCAUGGGCGCCAGCAUUGUUGAUGGCGGUAUUCAGGAUGUGCGCAUAAUUGGUAGUGUGACAAUUCUGAUAUUGCUGAUAAUUGUUGUGGUCGGCAUGGAAUGGGAGGCAAAGGCCCAAAUUGGUCUGCUGGUUAUUUUGCUGGUGGCCAUUGCCGAUUUUAUGAUUGGCAGUUUCAUUGGACCCAAAAGUGACGAAGAACGUGCCAAAGGUUUUCUCGGCUAUAACAUGACUUUAUUUAAGCAGAACUUUUUCGCUGAUUAUCGCCCAGAGAAAGGUGUCGUCCAUGACUUCUUUUCCGUGUUUGCCAUAUUUUUCCCAGCAGCCACAGGUAUUCUCGCAGGUGCAAACAUUUCCGGUGAUUUAAAGGAUCCCCAAAAAUCCAUCCCGAAGGGAACCCUCUUGGCCAUUUUAAUAACAACCGUCACUUAUUUGAUAAUGGUGGUAAUGGCUGGCGGCUCGGUUGCUCGUGAUGCCACCGGCAAUGUCACCGAUAUGGUUAAUGGUUCAUUUGCCUUUCUGGAUUGUGUGCCAGGCGCUUGCGAAUAUGGUCUAUCGAAUUCCUUCCAAGUCAUUGAGUUAGUCUCCGGCUUUGGCCCACUCAUUUAUGCCGGCUGUUUUGCUGCGACACUGUCAUCGGCUUUGGCCAGUUUGGUAUCGGCACCCAAAGUCUUUCAGGCUCUGUGCAAAGAUGAACUUUAUCCCAAGAUUGUUUGGUUUGCCAAGGGUUUUGGCAAAAAUAAUGAACCUGUCCGUGGUUAUGUCCUGACAUUUGUUAUUGCUGUGGCUUUCAUUUUAAUUGGCGAACUAAAUCUCAUAGCUCCUCUGAUAUCGAAUUUCUUCUUGGCCGCCUACAUGUUAAUCAACUUCAGUACAUUCCAUGCCAGUUUAGCCAAGCCUGUUGGCUGGCGCCCAACAUUUAAGUACUACAACAUGUGGCUAAGUCUCGUGGGUGCCAUCCUCUGUGUGGCCGUCAUGUUCCUGAUAUCAUGGGCCACCGCCUUGAUCACAUUCGCCGUGGUCCUGGCACUGUACUUAAUCGUCGCCUACCGCAAGCCGGAUGUUAAUUGGGGCUCCACCACCCAGGCACAGACCUACAAGAACGCUCUGAUUUCUGUACAACAGUUGAAUAACGUUGAAGAGCAUGUGAAGAACUAUCGCCCGCAAAUUUUGGUACUUUCCGGCCUGCCCAACACCCGUCCGGUGCUGGUCGACUUCGCCUAUAUGCUGACGAAGAAUUUAUCGCUGAUGGUUUGCGGUCACGUAUUGCGUGGCACGAGCUCACAACGUUAUCGCAACUAUUUGCAGGAACGUGCCACCACUUGGUUCCGCAGACAUCGUGUCAAAGGUUUCUAUUCGCUGGUGGAUGGUGAGGAUUUCGAGUCGGGUUCCCGGGCACUGAUGCAGGCUUCCGGCAUUGGCAAACUGAAACCGAAUAUUUUAUUAAUGGGUUACAAGGCAGACUGGCAGACCUGCGAACACAAGGAUCUAACGCAAUACUUUAAUAUAAUGCACAAGGCAUUGGACAUGUACUUAUCCGUGGCUAUACUACGUGUUCCAAAUGGUUUGGAUUGUUCACAAAUACUGGGCGAUGAAAGCAAUGCCCAGCGGAAUAUCUUGGAUGUGCCACGUACGUUGCAGCCCAACGAAAGCUCUGCCGACCUCAAUUCAGUGGAGCGCACCGGCCAGAAUGGUUUGAGCGGCAGCAUGGAUUCGUUGAGUCGCAAUGUAUCCCAAGAUGCCGGUCCAGUAACCGCAGCGACCACCGAGAAUGGUAUUAAAAAAGCUUCCAGUACCAGUGAUUUGUCAUUUGUUGCUGGCACCCAAAGCAAAGAAGUCUCUGGCCUACCGGACCCUGCUGAUCCCAAAACAGCUCCUCUGUUGACAAAUUCGUUGCGUAAAUCGAAAACAAAACAUGAUGACCCCGCUGCUCUCUACAAGGGUCCUGGUGGUGUUGAGCUUCCCAAAGAGGUAUUGAAUGAAUUAUCCCAAUUCACCAGAAAACGUAGCCAUGCUGUGAUUGAUGUCUGGUGGCUAUACGAUGAUGGUGGCCUCACCCUGCUGCUGCCCUAUAUCAUAAGUACACGUCGCACAUGGCAAUCGUGUAAAUUGAGAGUUUAUGCUUUGGCCAACAAAAAAGCCGAACUGGAAUUUGAACAACGUUCGAUGGCUAGUUUAUUGUCGAAAUUCCGUAUCGAUUAUUCAGAUUUGCAAUUGAUUCCCGACAUAACCAAGAAACCACAGGAAUCAUCGACGCAGUUCUUUAACGAUUUAAUUAAGGACUUUGUUGUGGCUGAAAAGGAUACAAAUGUACAGCUGCAGGAGGAUGAGGUUGCCAUUACCGAGGACGACAUGAUGGCCGUGCAGGACAAAACAAAUCGCUAUUUACGUUUACGUGAAUAUUUACGAGAGCAAUCAACGAAAUCCGAUUUGGUUGUAAUGACAUUGCCCAUGCCAAGGAAGAAUAUUGUGACGGCUCCAUUGUAUAUGGCCUGGUUGGAAAGUUUAAGUCGUGACAUGCCACCGUUCCUGUUUGUGCGUGGCAACCAGACCAGUGUAUUGACCUUCUAUUCAUAGAGAAAAGACGCCGACGACCGGCAACCAAUAGAACCGACAAAUCUAGGAAAUCUAGGAAACAGAAAUCCAAUAAAGCGCAAACCACAACAACAACAACAGCAGAAACA